AUGUGCCAUUCAUCUAAUUAUGGAGGAUAUUUCUCUAUACGAAAAAUAGCUGCAAAAAAUUUUCCAUGUGGUUUUUAUUGGCCUACAAUCAUUAGAGAUUCUAUAGAAUUUAGUAGAACAUGUAUUUCAUGCCAAUCUAUAGGUAACAUGAGUAAAAAAGAUGAAAUGCCCAUGAGUAACAUGUUAGUAGUCGAAAUUUUUGAUGUAUGGGGAAUAGAUUUCAUGAGUCCCUUCCCAUUAGAUGAAAAAUAUGAAUAUAUUUUGCUUGCUGUUGAUUAUGUGUCGAAGUGGGUGGAAGCUAUUCCUACUAGAACUAAUGAUCAUAAAAUCGUGAUGAAAUUUGUGUAG